CGGGGGUAGAGGGGCUGAGGGCGGAGGGUGCGCGUCCCAGGUCCCUACCAGGUGUCCGUAGACGUCGGCGGGCUGGAGGUAGAAGGUGGAGUUGAGCAGCUCUUCCAGCUUGCGCGGGACGUCGUUCUCCCGGUAGUACUCCAUCGCCUGCUGCUUCAGCUUCUGCAGCUCCCUAGUGAUCCCACAGCUGCGGCCGCCGCGUUCUUCCCCCAUGCAGUCACUGCCCCUGUGGUAGCAAUACCAUCUACAAAACCCACACAGCAACUGCUUUUGAGCUCUUUCAUAAGCUUGGAACUUUACUUCCAUCAUCCCAUGAAUCUACAGAACCACUGCAAAAGAUGAAAACAUCUGAGACUCAGGGCUAAACACUUUGCCCAAGGCCACACAACAACAAGUGGGUGAUGGAGAGUGUCGGCGUGUACGGAUUCUGUGGGUGUAAAGCGAAGAACAAGAUGAAGUGUGAUUCGAGGUGGGAAAUAACCGCUGCAGAAACAGCCCCCACCUCUGCAUAUUCAUCUCCAGCCCGGAGUCUUGGGGACACAGGAAUCACGCCUCUGUCUCCUUCCCAUAUUGUGAAUGAUGCGGACCCCAACGUCUCGGAACAGCAGACGUUCCUCGUGGUGGUGGCCAUCGACUUCGGGACCACGUCCAGCGGCUACGCCUACAGCUUCACCAAGGAGCCAGAAUGUAUUCACGUGAUGAGGCGAUGGGAGGGAGGCGAUCCUGGUGUGUCCAAUCAGAAGACCCCGACCACCAUCUUGUUGACCCCCGAGAGGAAGUUCCACAGCUUUGGGUACGCUGCCAGGGACUUUUACCAUGACCUGGAUCCCACCGAGGCCAAGCAGUGGCUGUAUCUGGAAAAGUUCAAGAUGAAGCUGCAUACCACAGGGGACCUCACCAUGGAUACAGACCUGACGGCAGCAAAUGGCAAGAAAGUCAAAGCCCUUGAAAUCUUUGCUUAUGCCCUGCAGUACUUCAAGGAGCAGGCGCUGAAGGAGCUGAGUGACCAGGCGGGUUCAGAAUUUGAGAACUCGGAUGUCAGAUGGGUCAUCACGGUGCCCGCCAUCUGGAAACAGCCGGCCAAGCAGUUCAUGAGACAAGCUGCUUACCAGGCAGGCCUGGCCUCCCCCGAUAACUCGGAGCAGCUCAUCAUUGCCUUGGAGCCCGAAGCCGCCUCCAUCUACUGCCGGAAGCUGCGUCUGCACCAGAUGAUUGAGCUGAGUGGCAAGGCGGCCGUCAAUGGGUACAGCGCCAGUGACACAGUAGGAGCGGGGUUUGCACAGGCUAAGGAACACGUACGGCGUAAUCGUCAGAGUCGGACCUUUUUGGUGGAGAAUGUCAUAGGAGAAAUCUGGUCCGAGCUGGAGGAAGGUGACAAGUAUGUGGUGGUGGACAGCGGCGGAGGCACCGUAGACCUGACAGUCCAUCAGAUACGGCUACCUGAGGGACACCUGAAGGAACUGUAUAAAGCAACAGGUGGGCCCUAUGGAUCCUUGGGAGUAGAUUAUGAAUUUGAAAAACUUCUGUGUAAAAUAUUCGGAGAGGAUUUCAUCGAACAAUUCAAAAUCAAGCGUCCCGCAGCCUGGGUUGACCUAAUGAUCGCCUUUGAGUCUCGCAAAAGAGCCGCUGCUCCCGACAGAACCAACCCUCUCAACAUCACCCUGCCCUUCUCCUUCAUCGACUACUACAAGAAGUUCCGUGGGCACAGCGUGGAGCACGCCUUGAGGAAGAGCAAUGUGGAUUUUGUGAAGUGGUCCUCCCAGGGCAUGCUGCGGAUGAGUCCAGACGCCAUGAACGCCCUUUUCAAGCCCACCAUAGACAGCAUCAUUGAGCACCUCCGGGACCUGUUUCAGAAGCCUGAGGUUUGCACGGUCAAGUUCCUCUUCCUGGUAGGUGGCUUUGCAGAGGCGCCCCUCCUGCAGCAGGCCGUGCAUGCUGCCUUUGGUGACAAGUGCCGGAUCAUCAUCCCCCAGGACGUGGGCCUCACCAUCCUCAAGGGGGCCGUCCUCUUUGGCCUGGACCCCGCCGUCAUCAAGGUGCGCAGGUCCCCGCUCACCUACGGGGUGGGUGUACUGAACCGCUACGUGGAGGGCAAGCACCCGCCUGAGAAGCUGCUGGUGAAGGACGGCACUCGCUGGUGCACCGACGUGUUUGACAAGUUCAUCUCUGCUGACCAGUCGGUGGCCCUGGGAGAGCUGGUCAAGCGCAGCUACACCCCGGCCAAGCCCUCCCAGCUGGUCAUCGUCAUCAACAUCUACAGCUCCGAGCACGACGCCGUCAGCUUCAUCACCGACCCAGGGGUGAAGAAGUGCGGCACGCUCCGCCUGGAUCUCACGGGGACCAGUGGCACAGCGGUGCCUGCCAGGAGGGAGAUCCAGACGCUCAUGCAGUUCGGGGACACCGAGAUCAAGGCCACAGCCAUCGACGUAGCCACCUCAAAGAGUGUCAAAGUGGGGAUCGACUUCUUAAAUUACUAACCACCCUCCCUGUCCCCUGCCCCUAGGAUCCGCUCAUCUGCAUCUGCUGACCUUAUCCUUGACUGUCCUGUCCCCGACCUUGACCCUUGCCAUUGCCCACCUGAACUUCAGCAGGAACGAUGAGAACAACCAGGGUGAGAGAUAGCUAGGGGAUUUUUUGAGGGUACACUAGAGUCAGAAAAAGUUGGAAAUUACAAUCGAGGUCUAGGAACAGGAAACUCAAGGAUCCUAGGAGCGCAGCUAGUUUUCACAGGUACCAAAGUAGUGAACCAACCACCCGGAAAGGGGACGGGUACAGGUCUGUCUGCGGCCGUGGUGGAACUUUGCUUUCAACAGAUCUCUGCUAAGUAGGACUUAGGAUGAUGCCCUAUUGCCUUCUUUCUAGAUUUGAAAUGAGAUCUUUGAGCCAGGAGGAAAUCUUCAUCUGAGAUCUUUUAAAAAAAAAUUUUUUUUUUCCUUUGGAUGACAUUCAAUAUAAAAUGCCACCCAUCUGCAGUCAGUGUCUUCUCAUCCUGGAAUGAACAGCAGUGAGUCAGAGGGAACUUGGAGUGUUGUCGGCUGGUGGGAGAAGACUGCCUACACUGGGGGCUAUUUUAGGUUCUCAAAUAAUCUAAAUUCCAAGGAGGUUUGGGGAAGAAUAACUGCAGCCUUGGCUAAACCACUAGGAUUUGGGGGGUGGGGGUAAGAAUGCUGAUACCUCAGCUUUUCAGCAGGUAAAAACUUGCUUUGAUGGAAAAGGAUAUGGAAGAGUUGCUGACUUUCAGCCAAAUCACAGUAUUCACAGACCCCUCGUCUGUGGGGGAUACGUUCCAAGAUCCACAGUGGAGGCCUGAAACCCCCGAUAGUACCAAACCUUAUAUAUACAUAGAUAAUGCUUUUUUCCUGUAUCUCCAUAUCUAUGAUAAAGUUCAGUUUAUGAAUUUGGCACAGUAAGAGAUUAAUAAUAAUAAUAACAAAAUAAGGCCAUUGUAAAAACCAACUGUAAUACAAUUUAGAUGAAUGUGGUCUCUCUCAACAUAUCUUGUUGUACUCUGCUAUAUUUUUGGACCACAGUUGACCAUGGUAACUAAAACCAUGGAUGAGGAGAAACCACUACAUGUGUUGUGAUAUAAUUCACAGCAUGCCAAAUCCUGAUUUCCGAGUUCAAGAGUAAUUCUAUUUCAUCUCGGAGGAAUUCACUGUGAGGACCUGAGGUUGCCAUGGCCUUAUUCACAUCUCCUACCCCCGAACUCCAGGACAGCCCUUGACCCUCAAAGCAUCCCAACCUGACCUUAGCCCCCAUCCUUCCUGCUGGUCUCCAGCCCCCUAAGAGUCCUGGCCAUUCAUUUCCACCUUGUGAAAAGAAUACAUCGGUGAAAUACCACAGGAGAGUCCGUUCUAUGAGAUGCUUCAUUAAAAAUCUCCAGUUCUCCAAAUCCAACUAAAUUCAUGUGUAGAUCGAGACUGGAUGCAUUAAGCCAGCUGUUUUCUUUUCUUUCUUUUUUAGAAUUAGGGCCUUAUAGUUAUACAUAGUAGUUGAGUUCGUCCCGACAAACUCAUACAUACAUGGAAAUUGAUUUUGGUCGUGAUCCUUCCUUUUCCCUCCCGUCCUCCUUCCCCUCUCCCCUCUCCUCCCCUCCCCUCUUCCCUUCUCCUUCCUCUACUAACUUCCUUUCACUCGUCUAUCAAUGUGUAUUUGACCAGUUCUUUAUGUUGCCCUAUCCUUCCCUCCCCCUUUCCUUUAUUUUACUCCAGCUUCUGCAUAUAAGAGAAAACAUUUGACCUUUGAGCUUCUGAGUUUGGCUGAUUUCACUUAGCAUGAUAUUCUCCAUUUCCAUCUAAUUACCAAGCCAGUUGUUCUCUAAAGCAGGUCUGUGGCUUGCCUGCAUCAGAAUCGCCUGGGUGCUUGCUAAGAGCGGGUUCCUGGAUCCCAUCUCUUUUUAGCAGAAGCUAACUUGAAGAGGUCCAGAACCUGCAUUUGUAGUGUAUACCAGAAGUGACUGGGGUUCAGCUGGAAUUUGAGAAUUCCUUACUUUAGUUUGUCAAAGCUGAAGCACGGGCCACAGUCUGAGCCCUCUCGUCUUCCCAUUGGAGUUCUCUUAGGGACGAGGGCGUACUCCACACCUUGCCCUCUCCGUAAGUGGGGUUGGGGCUCAGUCACCUGGGAUGGCCCUUUAAAUCCUCACAGGAAGGGUCUGGCAAGGAAAAGAUGGCGUGAAAGGAAGCUGGUGGGUCUGAGUUUUCCCCUCCCCCACCCUACAAAGUCGGUUUUUGCCAACGUUCAGGAGCCAACUGAGCAUAGAGAAUCAAGAAUCUGAAUCACAGACCUUCUGAUCGGUUCGAAGCAGUCUUUUCUACCUGCUGGAAGGCAUUCCAAUUUCAAAUCAUUGGAGGCAGGCAUAGCGAAUGGAGGACAGAGAAUGGGCUUUGAAUGCAAGUCAGAUUCACAACCCACCACCGAGGCCAAUAUGCAGAUCCUAAGCAGCACUUCGGAUUUCAUUUUAGCACGUCUUCUUUUUCACUUCGCCUGCUGCAGAAUUCCCUGCUAGAAAGUGAAAUACAAAUAAGCCAAGAACUGGAGAAGGCUAGUUCCAUAACUUGAGUUGCAGAAUUUCAUAUCCAGGCACCCAGGUGUGUUUCUUGGGGUCUCCUGCUGCCUGCUCUGCUUCAGAAGCUUAGUGUUAUGGGUCCCUCUUUGGUGUUGCCAACCAUAGUCUACAAAUAAGACUUUUCCUUUUAGUUAUGAGUAAUAUAAUUUUAUGUACAUACAAAAUCUUGUACAGAAUCUUUAUUUCUACAAUGUUUUUUCUUGCUUAAAAAAAAAGGAAAAUGCUCUUUGAUUUUUGUUGAUGACAUCGCUAACCUUAAUAUUUCAUACUUUCAUUUCUUAAUUGUUCUCACUAACCACUGAAUUGUGCCGAUACCAAGUGCAAGUGUAUGCAAGACUGAGCAUUAGACGGAGGUGCCUAGGGUCAGAAUACUCUGAACACAGGGACCACCUGGAUCAACAGCUUCUUCAGAUCCUUCCACAUGUGCGGUUGUUUCCAAAGAUUCAGGAGUUAUAUUUAAAGAAGCGUAAUGUAUCAAUUCUCCUGUCCAGACUUGGAGAGCUGAACAUUCUGGUUUGAUAAGCAAUAUGACUGUGCAGAGAAACCCACCAAAACUCUUGGCAUCCCAUUGGGUUGUCACCCUGUACUCAUGGGGCAAAGUAGUCACUCUGAGGACAAAGCGUGUCCAUGUGUGACUGUUCUCAAUACUCCAGGGCCAAAGGCAGGAACCAAGUGGUACAUAAACCAAGCUUUUUCUCUUGGGUAGGGGUGAGCCAAGUCCCUUGUUUGCUGCUAACCUGAAGCUCUUCCCACCUUGAAUCAAGGAUGUCUCCUUGUCUACUUGUUCUCUUCAGCACACUGAUAGAAAUCUGCAGCGUUGGCAAAUGGAUGAUAGAGAAGGGGUGGCAAUUUUGCUGGACUUUCUUCUGGCCCCAGAGAUGCAACCCUAGUAAUCCAACUCCUUACACAAGACUCCCAAAUCCAUGCCUUUCCCCCACUGAAAUAUUUUAGAGUAAGAGCACUGGAUAAGUACACUUGGACACAUUUCCUAAUCUUAGAAGGUUUCUAGAAGGCCUGUGGUCCCCACCCAUUAUUCAGUUGUCCCUGGCAUAUUAUCUGAUAGUCAGCUUUCUUGGAAGCAGAAUUGUUGAUGUGCUCUGUCACUGCCUUUGCUGUACACAGCAGGCAUUAAUGAGUGACAGACAACUUACAGACGUGCUAGGAGAGAGGAGGAACCACAGGAGUGUAUUUGCAGAGUGAUGGCUGAGUCCAGAUUACAGAGCCUGCCCCACCCUUAGAAUGUUAUUUAGACCAAGUUUAGCUUUUAGAGUCCAGGUCUGGUUAAUCGCCAGGGUAGCAAAGAAUCGCAUGCACCAAUUUAAACAGGAGUCAAAUGCAUUAUUAGUCCAGGAUCGAACUUCACAUUGUAGAGAUGUAAUCGCUGUGACUAAGCUGCGUAUGUAUGCUGGGAAAUGACUUAAGUGGAUGACUAGUAUAAAAGUCGUUGGCCAUAAUGUCACUUAACACCUCUCAUCUGCCUGAAUUAUGGAACAAUAUUCUACAGUCUCAGCCAUUCAGGGUCUUGUUCACCACAGGAUAAAUCCAAACUUCACAGAACUUCGCAGCAGUUCACAACUGGACAGGAUCAUGUCUGCAAACUCUCUUGUCUUCACUGAUGUCUAAUAAAGUAAAACUCUGGA